CAGACACUCUGCAUACCAACACACACAUCACCAUCAAAGUUUCUUAGUUACAGUCUUAUAGAGCUUUUCUAGUCUCUCCAGUUGCUAAUCGCUUCCUGUUUUAGGAAGAGGAAUGAAAUUUAUGCUUUUUAUUGGAUACAGAUAUAAUAACUAGCAAGAAAUAUAUGGCUACUCCUACUUCAGAAUCAGUUCAAGAUGUUGGAGACGGAUUUCGUCCCACUGAAAAGGAAUUGGUGAAUCAUUAUCUCAAGCUUAAGAUGCUUGGUUGUGAUCACCGAGUCUCCAGGAUACCUGAAAUUGACAUCUACAAGCAUGAGCCCUGGGAUCUACCCAACCAUUUAGGGGUGAACUCAAAUGGUAAGGAGUCGUAUUUCUUUCAUAGUUGCCGCAGUGGACGACCUAGGAGGACAACAAAGGCUGGAUACUGGAAAGGCACCGGUAAGAAACGCGAAAUCAAGAACGCUGAGGAAGAGAUUGUUAUAAAAAGCAUUUUUGUUUUCUACAAAGGCCGUACUCCUAAAGGGAUCAGAGCUGAAUGGACAAUGCAUGUAUAUAGUGCUGCUGCUAAUCAGAGGGAUUUCGUUCUCUGCAAAUUAUUUAGAAAAGCAAAAAUAUAUAAAAGGGCAAUUGAUAUUACUGCACCAACAAAUAAUGAUGAAGGUACUAUACGUGCAACUGACAAUGGUGAACUUGAGAGUACUAUACCAGCCUCCGAUGAAGGCGAACUUUGUCAGGAUAUGGCACCUUAUGAUCUUCAAAAUCAGAAUUCUUAUCAGAAGACUGAUUAUUCAACCUUUUAUGGUGCUAAAACAUGUAAACUUAUGACCUGUGAAAAUCAAGCAACAGAUGCUGAAAUUAUAGAACAGGUGGAUUUCCAUACACCAACAAAUGAUGAUGAAACUGCUGACACAGGCGAGCUUGAUAGUACUAUACCAGCCCCAGAUAAAGGUGAACUUUGUCAGGAUAUGGCACCUUAUGAUCUUGAAAAUCAGAACUCCUGUAAGAAGACUGAUUAUCCAACCUUUUAUCAUGGUGAAACAAGGAAAAUUAUGAUUUGUGAAAAUCAAGCAAUAGAUGCUGCAAUUGCAGAACAGUUCGAUUUGGAACCACUACCAAAUAUGGACUUGUCCUUGGAAUUUAACGAACAGAGUUGCACAUUUAACUCUGCACUAGAUUCAUAUCUGGACUUGUCCUUGGAAUUUAACGAACAGAGUUGCACCUUUAACUCUGCACUAGAUUCAUAUAUGGACUUGUCCUUGGAAUUUAACGAAUUCAUAUAUGGACUUGUCCUUGGAAUUUAACGAACAGAGUUGCACCUUUAACUCUGCACUAGAUUCAUAUAUGCAGACAAAGCAAGACUUCUCUAAUUAUGAUAUUUGGAAUUUCUCGAAAGGAGAACAAUAUCAGAUGUAAUAAGUUUUGUUGCAGCAUAUAUGAUGGUGUUUACGCCUUCAACUCUGUAUCAAAAGAGUAAUUUGGUUCCUUCUAAUACAGAUCAUAUGAAUGGAAGGAAAUGUUAGAAUUAGUAUUUAUUGAAGAACGUGUUUGUAAGAUGUCUUAUGGCAACUCAAGCGUGUGUAAUAGUCGCCUGUUUCUCUUCAUUGUUUUACCUAGUGUUAUUUUCGUGCGAAAGUGUGCAACUCACUAGUUAGUUCUGGUUCUGGUGAUUGUGGAAUGGGAGUUUCAGUACUAGAUUCUGCUAUAUGUGAAUGCAAGAACAAACAGCUAUAAAAACCCAUAGUAAUUUUGCCAUUUUCUAUAA